GAGUUAAUCUACUUGCUAUGCUUCCAAAAAAAUUGCUCUCAGUUUGGAUUAGGAGUAACACCAUUAACACAACUUUGCCACAAAUACAUGAUUCUUGAAGUGUGGCUAUGUGCAGAAAGUGCUUCGAAGCUCCUGCUGAUUCAGGAGAAAGGGGACCAGAAGUCUUUCAUGGAAAUGUUUAUCUGCGUACUCUUCUUUCUGGCUAUCUUCUAUUUGUGGUGGAGGUGGAGGGCACAAGAUGGGCAGAAGAUUCAAGAUCUCUCACACAAAUACGUAUUCAUCACUGGCUGUGACUCGGGAUUUGGAAAUCUGGCAGCAAGGACUUUUGAUGAGAAAGGAUUUCGAGUUCUUGCCAGUUGUCUGACUGAAGCAGGAGCACUGGAUUUAAAAGAAGCAACCUCAGAGCAGCUUCAAACGGUGCUGCUGGAUGUGACCAAUCCAGACAAUGUUAGGAAGGUGGCUGAGUGGAUUAAAGCUGAAGUGGGGUCAGCAGGUCUGUGGGGGCUGAUCAACAAUGCAGGGAUUAUGGGACCCUCAGCGCCGACAGACUGGUUGACUAUUGAGCACUUCAGAGCACCGAUUGAAGUUAAUUUAAUUGGCCUGAUAAAUGUUACGCUACAUUUGCUUCCUUUGGUAAAAAUGGCCAGAGGGAGACUAGUAAAUAUAUCCAGCACUGGAGGCCGCCUGGCAGUAUGGGGUGGGGGCUAUUGUCCUUCCAAGUUUGGGGUGGAAGGAUUUAAUGACAGUUUAAGACGGGACAUGAAAGCUUUCGGAGUUAAGGUUUCUUGCAUUGAACCUGGGCUGUUCAAAACUGGAUUAUCCAAUCGAAAAAAGAUCAUCCAAGAAAGGGAGACCAUUUGGAAACAACUUCCUCCAGCCAUAAGAAAACAAUAUGGAGAGGGGUAUAUACAGAAAGAUGCUGCAAAGAAAGAAAAGCUGACUCAGAUAUUUCAGAACACAGACCUCUCGCUGGCUGUGAAAUGCAUGGAGCAUGCUCUAACGAGCAUUCAUCCUCACUCACGUUACACUGCUGGCUGGGAUGCCAAGGUUCUUUGGAUCCCCCUUUCAAACAUGCCCACAGCAAUACAGGACUUUAUACUCCUGAGAAACAAAACAGAGCUUGCUGACCCAACUGCAGGGUGAAUUCUCCUGUUGUAUUUAUACUUUCCCAUUCAAAUGGGGAUGGCCCAGCUGGCUGAGUCAACAAGAACCAGCCCUUUAUUUUAGCUCUGUCCCUGCUGAUCCAACUGAGCCUGACACCAAGUUUUUGAUAUUUCUAACAGCUUUUAGAGUUCCUAGCGCUCAAAACUGCGAUACAGAUUAUAGCUGAAUUUGCAAUCUUAUGUAAAAGCCAGGCCACAUUUAUUAAAGAAUCAAAGAAAAAUAGAAAUGUUGCAAAGAAGUGACUGAUCCUGAAUUUAUCAUCUAGCUUUAGGCGCAUAAAGUGUUAUGAAUAAUACCAAAACCACCGACUAAAAACAGUAUUUCCUGUAGGAUUUUUCUUUAUUCUGGAAAGUAGGAACUAGAGAGUUAAAAAAUGAGCAGUAAUGGGGGAGGGAGGAUGGCUCAAUUUUUGGAUGCUCACCUUAUGAAAUCUUAAAGAUGCCACAUUUGCAGUCAAUGCUGAGCACCUCAUUCAACUUCAGCCCUGUAACUUUUGAAAAAUGUAGGCCUUUUGAAAAAUGAUUGCCUUACUUCCAAGCCAAGAGACAACAACCUUGGUUUUGCAAAGUGCUGAGGGAGUGACUCCUUCAAGGGGGCUUUAACUUGUGUUAUAGUACCUGGGAAAUGAGGGUACAUAGUACAUGACAGGAGGAGCUCCUCAGUAUUUUGCGUGAUUGAGCUCCAUUGGAAUUAGGCACAAAACUUACCUAAACUCAACUGUUGAAUGGUUUGCCCAGGAAGUGGUUUCUCACUGGAUGGAAAACUGACCAAUGUCAAAACCAAGCACUGGUGAGUUUGUUGUGACAUGACUUGGCUAAACAUUAAGCCAUCCAGUGCCUGUCUAAACAUUGCUGGUUUUCAGUUAAACAUCUCUGGAGCUCGCAAGGUCUCACUCUGCUUUUUGGCUGACACUUGUAUUUAGUUGUCGGUGUGGGAGUUAAUUCUUAUUUUGCAUGAACAGAAUUGCAUGUGGGUUAUUUCCUAUAAGACCAGGUUUGAGGUGUGCUGUACAUAUGCCUGUGGAUUCGCUAUUCUUUCUGCAGUAUUAAUAAAUAGUUCAUUAAAAUAUUUGUCUCCUGAAGGCAAUGGGACAGAGUGGCGGAAAAGCAAACAAUUUUGAUUUAAAUCAUAAGUCAGAGAGCUGCAGGAUGAGCAUCGACAGGCUGCCACCCAAUAAUCUUAGUUUAGGACUGGAGGAGCAGCUAGUUUUUGAAGCUCGAGAUCAAUCAAUCCUUAAGUUAAGCUCAUUUUUGGCCUCUGCAGAACUGAGAGCACAAGACUGUGUUUACGUGUCUCUUGUACACAUCUGAAUGGAGACCUUAAGAUUCAUAUCACCUAGGAGACUUGAAUUCUAUUUCCAGACAUUAUAGGAAAGCAUUUUAUUUACUGAAGGAGGCCUACAUUACCACUUAGGUCAAUAUAACUUACAUCACUGAGGGGUGUGAAAAAGCCAUCCUCUGAAUGAUGCAAGUUACAGCAAUUAAGUGCUGUCCACACCAGUGCUAUGUCAGCAGGAGGAACUCCUCAGCAGUGUUCCCUGUAAGCUGAGUGCUUGGGUGGCUACUCAGGCCAGAUUCAAAUUUCACUUGGCUGAUUAGCAGAGCACCCAUAGCGCCCACAGCUAGCACCAUGUGUUUCUACUGAUGGUGCACAUCCACAAAUGCCUGGAUGCAUAUAGCAACAUUUAUUACACACAUGGAUGGAAAAAAUUAAAGGGAACACUAUUCCAUGAAGGUGGAGUAAUUAUGCCCACUAAUCAAGGAUUAAAGCUCUGUUUGAC